GGGAUUGCGCACGACAUUACUGGCUGCAGACAACGACGGGAAAAUCUUUGGGUGAAAUUUGUGAUCAUAAUGCAGUCGUGGCAUCAAACGCUGGUCGGAAUCUAAUCGCCACGAUAUGGCGAGUUGUCAAACUUCUGUUUGGCUUUUCCGGUUUGGAAUUGACUUCAACUUCCGCGGUGGGGUCAGUCGGUUCCAAUCGACCGACAACCUUCAGCAGAGAAGAAUCAGAGACAGGUGAUUCCGGUAUCAAAGACGCUUCAACUCGACUCAGCACGAGACACCAGUCCGGAAAUGUCCAUUUCCCAAUUAGCAGGCAACACAACAGUCUGAGACUUUGGUAAAUUGAAGUGGAUCUAAGUAAUAGCGCACCAACGUCCAAGAUUAACGAACGCGGCGUAUCGGACACUUCCGGAGGUGUCAGCGAAGAGGCCGAAUCCGAGGUGGAAGACUUGAUUCUCAGGUCAUGCUGUCUCAUAUUGCGAGCGGUUCCCACUUUAACACGAGCGAUUUUUUCUUCGAGGAUGCCGAAGCCGAUGUGUUAAAUGACUUUAAUGGAACUUCAGACUCUGUGCAAGGCAGGAAAACUAGUGGAGAUACUGACCAGCAACAGCAGCAACAACAGCAACAGUCAAAUCAGAUGGAUUGGAUUUUACCUAGUGAAGCCUUUCAGCUUCGUCACGAAAUCAAAGAUCGGUCUCCACCUCCGGAACACUUUCCCAGUCGCUGCUUUGCUGGAACUCGUAUUGAAGCUCAGAUGGUAGAGGUAGAAGACACGACGUCGGCUCUUUUAUGUUUACCGGGAUCGUCCAGUAGUCUCGGCACGACCUGCUGGAGUGGCGUCUCUAACGCUGUAGAGAUGGUAUAUCACAUGGCCGAAGACGAUGAUGUCCAAACAGCCGUUUCGCUAAUUUUAGUUUUAGGAGAUCGGAUUCGUCACAUGUUAAAUGAGUCAGCCGUAGAGCAUUGGAUUCUCGCUUACAUUGACUCCCUUAGCAGAUGUCGUUUAUGCAAUACUGCGGCCCUGGUAGUCAAAUUGUCGCAGUGCGAAAGUGUCCAGUUGAGAUUCGACGUAUACCCGACCCCGGCCUGUCCCACUGGUUGUGGUUAUGUUUUUGAGUUUGACUGAAAUUUUUACAACGACCAUAUUCAUACAUAACAAUAUAGCAUUUGAUAAUAAUGUCCAGAUUCCGGUGUCGGUAAAUAAAUAUAUGUACCUUUGUACUGUUGAACCUUACUAAUGUCA